AUGACGACCUCCAUAGUGGAGGCCGUGCAGCAACUGGAGGAGCUUGACAUGACGCAGGAGUCAGGGCCAUCAGCGCCGCAUCCAGCAACACCGCCGGAUGAAAGCUCCUUGCAAGAUGCUACAGUGGGAAACCCGAUCUCCCACGGGCAGAUCAUCGACAUAUGGAGACGCCUGAAGGCUGAGGGCCAUCAAAAUCACUCGUUGGAAGGUCUUCUACGCGGCGCGACAAUCUACGUUCCGCCACCUCCGCCAAAACCUGAACCGUCGGAAGAGUAUAAGCAGCUCAUGGCACGACUACGCCGCGACGAAGAAGAGCGAUCCUACGAGCGCAUGCUGAAAGCGUCCUCGACGCGCGAAACCUUUGCGCAGCGAUUCCCGACGGCGCCCAUGUCCAUGGCCGACUCCUUUGCCGAAGCGAACAGGCCGAGCCGGCAGUCGGACUGGGGCGAGGACCAGAUAUCACACGGGGAGGUGCAGAAGCAGGUGACACUGAUCGUGAACUUCCUGGUCAGCAUUGCCGGGUGCGCCGCGGCCAUCUGGAUGGUGGCGCGCUGGUGGAGCACGACGGCGCGGCUGUUCCUGACGCUCGGGGGCAGCAUCGUGGUAGCGAUCGCCGAGGUCGCCGUGUACCAGGCCUACAGCUGGCGCAUGGCCGAGGGCGACAAGAAGCAGCGCGACAUGAAGGAGGUGCGGCAGAUUGUCAAGACGUGGGUCAUUGGCGACGACGAGAACAAGGGCGAGGGCGAAGGCCAGGACGACGAUGUUGGCCAGGCUGCAGAGGAAGGGAAAGAGCCCGUGUUGCUGCAGCCCAAAGAUGGCGGAAACGACAGCACCUUACGAAAGCGCAUCGCUGCACCGACUUGA